AUGUACACAUCAAAGAAUUGCAACCUGUACAAAAUGACCCCCAAGGAGCUUGUUGCCCAUGGAGAGCUGGUCAAUGAGACUGGUGGAUUCUUCAUUGUAAAUGGUGCUGCUAGAAUAUUGAGGCUGUUGUCAGCAAAUCGUAGAAACUACCCAGUUGCAAUGUCCAGAGAGUCAUGGAGGAAAAGAAAUGAUUUCUUUACUGAAAAGGGUAUCCUCAUUAGAUGUGUGCAGGAAGAUGAGACUUCAUCCGUCAACGUGCUUCACUACCUCGUAACGGGUGAGGCCAAGCUGGAAUUCACCCUUAAGAGACAGUUCUUCUUUGUCCCACUCAUAAUGUGCUUAAAAGUGUUCAUGGAUUACUCCGACCAGCAGAUCUUCACUCAUCUGACCAGGGGUCGAGAGAAGGACAUGUAUUACACUGAGAAGAUAAAGAUUAUGAUGCGUGAACUUCAGGCGGAGGGCCUUUUCACACAGAGUAUGUGCAAAGCCUAUGUUGGCAAGUCCUUCCGCCACAAAGUCUCCGACAUCCUGCCAGAAUGGUAUUCUGAUGAGGAAGUCUGCGAAUUUCUGUUUCACCACCACGUCCUGACACACCUCAGGACCUCAGUUGAGAAGUACCACACCUUGUGUCUGACUGUAAUCAUGGAGCACUUGAAUCGGAUGCGUGACUUGUCGCACUUGCGGGCUAUCCACAGAGGAGCAUAUUUUGUGGACAUGAAGACCAUUGAGCCCAGGAGGCUGACUGGAGAAGCUUGGGGCUUCAUCUGCCCUGUACACACGCCCGACGGUGCCCCAUGUGGCUUGCUCAACCAUCUAGCAGAGAACUGUGUGGUAGUGACCAGUCCCCCUGAGAACCCCAAUGAAAUUCGAUCAGUGUUGAACCAGCUGGGUAUGACUGCCGUUGACAGCCCACCCCUUGCACCCCAUGCUGAGUGCCUUGAGGUGAUGCUUGAUGGCAGCUUCAUCGGCUACAUCAGGAACGAUGAGGCGGAAGAGUUUGCACUCAAGCUCAGGACUAUGAAGGCCAGAGGGGAGAUAUUCAAAUACACAGAGAUCGUACUGAUUCCACGACGGAAGUUUGGCGGCCAAUAUGCUGGGCUCUUCCUGGCCACAUCAAUCACCAGGAUGAUGCGGCCUGUUAUCAACUUGGCCACCAACACUGUGGAGUACGUGGGCACCCUAGAGCAGCUUUACCUCAAUGUGGCUGUCUCCCCCGAAGGCAUCGAGGAAGGGAUCCACACACACUUGGAGGUGUCCAAGACUGCAAUCCUCAGCAACAUUGGCAAGUUGGUCCCCUUCUCAGACUGCAAUCCCAAUCCACGUAACAUGUACCAGUGUCAGAUGGGCAAGCAGACAAUGGGGACGCCCUUCCACAACUGGAGGACCCAGACUGCCAACAAGGUCUACCGCCUCCAGUACCCACAAGUUCCCCUGGUCCGCAAUGCCCACUACGACAAGAUCAACAUGGAGGAGUUCUGCAUGGGAUUCAAUGCCGUUGUGGCCAUCAUCUCCUACACGGGCUAUGACAUGGAAGAUGCUAUGGUGCUCAAUAAGUGCUCCAUGGAGAGGGGUCUUGCACAUGGACAGAUCUACAAGACGGAAGUUGUUGAUCUGGUGCAGCGGCAGGGCAAGAGGGCAGCUUCAGAGAUAACCCACAUGUUCAGGAGGAACCCCCAGGAACUAGGCCAUAAAGCUUUCCUCGACAAGCAUGGACUGCCUCACCCCGGGACGCAGCUCACGGAAGGAGACCCAUAUUAUUGUGUAUACGACCUCAGGCAGCGCACAUACCGGUUGACAAAAUACAAGGGCGAAGAUUGCGUCGUCGACAAGUACACCAUCAUGGCUGCCAGCAUAGUGGGCGAAGAGUGCCAGCGAGCUUGUAUCACCAUUAGGAUUAAGAGGAACCCCAUUAUUGGAGACAAGUUUGCAAGUCGCAGUGGACAGAAGGGCAUCAUGAGCCGCCUGUACCCUGUGGAAGACCUGCCCUUCUCCGAGCGGGGCAUCAUGCCCGACAUCAUCUUCAAUCCACAUGGAAUACCCUCUCGUAUGACAGCAGGAAAAUUAAUUGAGCUUGUGGCAGGCAAGUCAGCAGCCGAGUUUGGGAAGUCCUUUGACUCGACGCCCUUCGAAUUCUCUGAUGAAAAUCCAGCGGUCGAUUACUUUGGAAAAAUUUUGGAGAAAGCUGGCUUUAACUAUUAUGGAGAAGAUGUAUUGUACAGUGGAACAGACGGAAGGAUGCUGGACGUGCAGAUCUUCGAGGGCAUCAUCUACUACCAGAGGCUGAGGCACAUGACAGCCGAUAAGUGGCAGGUGCGAGCCACAGGGGCAAUAGACACGAUAACGCGGCAGCCGGUGAAGGGGCGCAAGAGAGGAGGUGCCAUCCGGUUCGGGGAGAUGGAGAGAGACUGCCUCAUCUCCCACGGGGCAGUAUACACUCUGAAGGACCGGCUCCUCGACUGCUCGGAUUGCUCCACGGAGUGGGUGUGCGAUAGCUGCGGCGGCAUGAUGUCCCCCUCCGUGCGGCUGACCGGAGGCUCUCGCUUCUACGGGCGCCGUCAGCCGGAGUGCGCCGUGUGUGGGCCCGACGCCUCCGUCCGUCAGAUCAACCUCCCCUACGCCUUCAAGUACCUGGUGGCGGAGCUGGCCAGCGUCGGGAUCAACACCAAGAUGAACCUCAAGUCAGCCGAAGACAUCAUUGCGCAGCGGCCCCGAGUGGAGGCCAAGCAGGCAUAGGGUUAUGCGCUCUCUCUCUCUCUCUCUCUCUCUCUCUCUCUCUCUCUCUCUCUCUCUCUCUCUCUCUCUCUCUCUCUCUCUCUCUCUCUCUCUCCUUUUAUUUAAUUUAUUUUUUCUCUGACUUUCAAUCUAGUAGACCCAAAUUGCCUGUGAUAUGGUUUCUGUUUCUUUUUUUUUUUUCUUUUUUUGCCUUAUCUCUCGUCAACUUUGCUAUCUCGUUCUUCCAUUCAUGCAUAUAUAUAUGUAUAUGCAUUAACAGACAGAGAUUGCUUUCCUGUGGCCUUAGACCUAUGGUGUACAUUGUUAAAUAGUCAGUAAUCUGUUGUAUAAUGAAAUAAAUAAAACACAAAUAUUCCACAUUA